UACCCUGAACCUUUUUAAAAUGUCAACUUCAAUGGGUAGGGACCAUUGCGUAAGGACGUCCCAAGGAUACCAGAUAGCACGGCCGAAGAAGAAGAAGCAGCUCGCAGGGCGUGGUGGGAUAGGAAGACUUUCUCAGUGGAGGACCGAAUACAGUGCCCCAGCUGGCUAGUUGCAGAGAAGAUGGCUGCAGUGUGGAUUUUCAGGCCAGUGUCUGAAAACACUGCACUGUUGGUAAUGUUUCACCACGGCUAGCCUUCGUGUCGACCCUUUUAUUUAGUCGUUUUUUUUCUCCCAAGGAAAUCGAAGGGGAUAAAACAUGGGGUCUCAAACUCUACAGAUCCUCAGGCAAGGGGUCUGGGCUUCAAUCACAGGCGGAUGGUACUAUGAUCCUCAUCAAAAUACAUUUGUCAAUGCUCUACACCUCUACCUCUGGCUAUUCCUACUAUGUUUCCCCUUCACGCUUUACAUGGCACUCCCGCCCACCAUGGUGAUAGUAGGGAUCUACUGUGGUGUGAUAGCUGGUAUGUUCCUGCUGCUGAAGACUGUCAACUACCGGCUGCAUCAUGCCCUGGACGAGGGAGAGGUGGUGGAGCACCGGGCCAAGGAGAAAGAGAGCAACAGAACCAGCAGCGAGGGGGCCAACGAGGGAGAUGCCACACGUCAGGAGGACAGCAAUGGACCAGGGGACCCUGGUGGGGGUCUAGAGAUGGCAGACUUCAUUCGAGAUGAGACUCCACCAGUAGACUGCAGCUCCAGAAACUCUUAUACAGGGAUGGACUCUAGUCACCAGAUUGCAUCCGCCAACGGUCAUGGAGGAACCACGACAGCCAAAGACAUGAUGUCUGACCCAAAGAUUUACUGCCUUGUCUCCAGCCACUCCUUCGCCUCCAUGCAGCCCUCCACCUCCCUUGGCCCCUCCGAGCUCUCCUGCGACCCUGCAAACCAUUGUGGCUCCGCCUCCCAUCCCUUCAGCCAAUCCAUGUCCUCUUGCGACACAGAGGGGUCGGCCCACACCCCCGGGUUACACUCCCAGUCCUUCAGGAAGGAGCCUCGUACCCGGGGUCUACCCCGCACCUCCAGCUCUGCUGGAUCAGCCUUCCCCGACCCCUCCCUGCCCUCAGCUGACUUCAGCCUCUACCCCCCUCCUUGGAGAGGGGGCCUGGACCCGGUGUGUGAGCUGGAAGCUGCCAGACCCCCCCGGCCAGGGGCUGAAGCUGGAGGACAGGGGAAUAUGGAGGGGGCUGCGGCUGAAAGGCUCUGCCAGCAGCAUCCGGACCAGGCCUCUACCUCUGGCUGCUCUACAGCCUGCUACAGACACCAGCAGGAAUCCUGCAGGCUAGGGCUGGCAGGGGAGGGGGGAUCAGGUUUGUACCAGGCCGACCAGGGUGGUGGUGGGGGGGGGAAGGUCAGUGCAGACAGCCUCCGCAGCCUGAGCACACGUAGCAGCGGCUCCACAGAGAGUUACUGCAGUGGGACUGACAGAGACACCAACAGCACCGUCAGCAGCUUCCACAGCGAGCAGACCAGCUCCACGCACGUGGAGAGUUUACUGUCCCUGUCAGGGGAUGAGCAGCGCGGGACAGGGAGGGAGAGGGGAGGUGGGGAGGCUGCUGCUACUGGGCCCGGGUCCACCUCGACAGGGGAGGGCAGGACUUCUACUCUGGGGUCCAGCCUUGGUUCUAGCAUCUCAAGAGGACUGAACAGCCUGCCUUCCAGGGAGGCUAAUAAGAACCCUCAUGCCAAUGAGCUAACAGCCAAACAGCCCUCCUCCUCCGCCACGUCCCCCUCUAUCACCAACCCCCCAGCCUCGGGCCAGGAGCCUCCAGCAGGCCCCUCCUACAGCAGUAGCAUGAGGACCAGUGCUGAUGGCUCGGCCUGCACAGUCAGCAGGGAACAGGACCGGGGGAGAGGAGAGAAAGAGGACGUGAAAUCCGCCAACCUCGUCCAACGAACUUCUUCCUCCUUGGGAGCCGGGCGCAACAGCGGGCGCCGCCGGACCGGUAAGAAACGGGCGAGCAGCUUUGAUGCCAGCCGUCACCGGGACUACGUGUCUUUGCGUGGCAUGGCCAAGCCGCGCAGUGCGGUAUUCGCUGCCGGGGGUGGAGAGGAGGAGUGGAGCGAAGCCAGUGACCUUAGCUGUGCCUCAAGCCUUCAGUCCACCCAAUCACAUCACUUCAGCACGGACUCCUCCUCCUCCACCACUUCCCACUCCUGCCACUCCCCCGAGGGACGCUACCGUGCCCUGAAAGUCAAGCACAGCCACUCCCACUCCCACAGCCACUCCCACACAGCCGCCACCACAGCCUCCACCUCCUCCUCUUCACAGAAAGCCCAGGCUGAAUAUGAGACGGGGGGAGGGAGGGCCGGGGUACGAGGCAAGCGUCGCACCUCUGGUCGGACACCCAGCACGGGCAGCGCCAAAACCCACGCCCGGGUGCUGAGCCUGGACAGCGGCACGGCGGCGUCCGCCUGCCUUAACGACCCCCACCGCCUGGGGGCCCCCGCCGCCGGGCUCCGACCCCUCACCACCUCCAAAUCUGACCUGGAAGCCAAAGAGGGGGAGGUCCUGGACGCUGCGUCCCUAUUGGGCAGGGCCUCACAGCUGGAGUCAGUAACCAGGUCCAGGAAUAGUCUACCCAGCCAGACAGCCUUCUCUUCAGAGCCCCUGGACGCUCCCACUGCCGGCCCUUCACGAGCCCCCGGGAACGAGGACACGGUGACGUUUCGGCGUGAGCGUAGUACGUUCCGUCGGCAGGCAGUGCGGCGGCGGCACAACGCAGGGAGUAACCCCACGCCCCCCUCCUCCCUCAUCGGAUCACCUCUCAGUCUUCAGGAGGCUCUCAGCCAGGCCUCCCAGCCUUCUACUUCCCAGGUGAAAGGUCAACCUUCCAGAACCCCGUCCCAGGUGACCGUGCUGAGCGCUAGCGCCUCCCUGCUGGCCAGGAAUGGAAGUGCACACCUGGAGGGCUCUCAGGACAAGGCCUCUACCGUAGGCACUACCAGCCUGCAGGAUGACUUCGGGAAGAACACUUCCUCCUUGUACGAGGCGGAGGGAUGUGACAUGUCCCUGGUUAACUUUGAACCUGCAACACGACGCGCCUCCAAUAACAUAUGGGACACAGACUCCCACCUCUCCAGAUCUACCUCAGUUCGCUUUUACCCUCAUGACCUGAUCCGUCUGAACCGUCUCCUAACCAUUGACCCAGAGUUGUUAGAACAACAGGAUGUCGACCUGAGCCCAGAGCUCCAGGAUGCUCCUUUAGACCUGGAUGACCAAGCCACGGCUACAGCACACCAGGCCAAACAGCACUACCGCUUCUGGCUGCUGCCUUACCUGUGGGUCGGCCUGCACUUUGACAGACUCACUUUGUUGGCUCUGUUUGACAGAAACCGUGAGGUUCUGGAAAACAUCCUAUCAGUGGUGCUUGCCGUCCUGGUGGCCUUUCUGGGGUCAAUCCUAUUGGUCGGCGGUUUCUUCACUGAUAUCUGGGUGUUCCAGUUCUGCCUCGUCAUCGCCAGCUGUCAGUACUCACUACUCAAGAGUGUUCAACCAGACUCCUCUUCUCCUCGACAUGGCCAUAAUCGUAUCAUCGCCUACAGCCGACCCAUCUACUUCUGUCUGUGCUGCGUGUUGAUCUGGAUGUUGGACUACGUCAGUGACAGAACCGGUUCAGCCCGGUUCACCGUGUAUGGUGUCGCCGUCACUAGCUCCCUGGUUCUGUCCUCUCCCUCUCUCCGUUUCUCUCUCUUUCCCUCUCUCCGUUUCUCUCUCUCUCUUUCUCUCUCUCUCCCUCUUUCCCUCCUUUACAGGGUUGGAGCGUUGAUGAUAACAGUGGCAGGUCUGAAGCUGCUUCGUUCCUCCUACAGCAGCCCCACCUACCAGUACAUCACAGUACUCUUCACCGUCCUCUUCUUCACCUUCGACUACCGCAACCUAUCAGAGACCCUGCUGCUAGACCUCUUCCUCAUGUCCAUCGUUUUCAGCAAGCUCUGGGAGUUGUUCCACAAGCUGUGUUUUAUCUACACCUACAUCGCCCCCUGGCAGAUCACCUGGGGGUCGGCCUUUCACGCCUUCGCUCAACCCUUCGCUGUGCCUCACUCUGCCAUGCUGUUUGUUCAGGCUGUAGUGUCAGCUGUCCUCUCUACUCCUCUCAACCCUUUCCUGGGCAGCGCCAUCUUCAUCACCUCCUACGUCAGACCUGUCAAGUUCUGGGAGAGAGACUACAACACUAAGAGAGUGGAUCACUCCAACACCAGACUGGCUUCUCAACUGGACAGAAACCCAGGUUCUGACGACAACAACCUGAAUUCUAUAUUCUAUGAGCACCUGACGCGUUCCCUGCAGCACAGCCUCUGUGGAGACCUGUUGCUGGGCCGCUGGGGGAACUACACCACAGGAGACUGUUUCAUCCUGGCUUCAGACUACCUCAACGCCCUGGUUCACCUGGUGGAGAUCGGCAAUGGACUGGUCACCUUCCAGCUCCGAGGACUGGAGUUCAGAGGUACGUACUGCCAGCAGAGGGAGGUGGAGGCCAUCACGGAGGGGGUGGAGGAGGACGAGAGCUGCUGCUGCUGUGAGCCAGGUCACCUGCCACAUGUCCUUUCCUUCAACGCGGCCUUCGGACAGCGCUGGCUGGCCUGGGAGGUGCUGGUCACCAAGUACGUCCUGGAGGGCUACAGCAUCACGGACAACAGCGCUGCCUCCAUGCUCCAGGUGUUUGACCUCCGACGCAUCCUGACUACUUACUACGUCAAGGGGAUCAUAUACUACGUAAUAGCUUCUACCAAGCUGGAGGAGUGGCUGGCCAAUGAGACGAUGAGGGAGGGGCUGAAGGCCUGUGGAGAGAGGAACUAUGUGGACCUGGACCCGACCUUUAACCCCAACAUAGACCAAGACUACGACCACCGCCUGGCUGGCAUCUCCAGGGACUCCUUCUGCCAGGUCUACUUGGGCUGGAUCCAGUAUUGUAACUCUCGGCGGGCCAAGCCUCUGGACAGUGAGAAGGACUCUUCCCUGGUGUUGCUGUGUUUCGGCCUGUGUGUGCUGGGCAGGAGAGCACUGGGGACUGCUGCACACCAUAUGUCUAGUAACCUGGAGUCUUUUCUGUAUGGUCUCCACGCGCUGUUCAAGGGAGACUUCCGGAUCUCCUCGGUGAGAGAUGAGUGGAUCUUUGCCGACAUGGAAGCUCCUGAGGAAGGUGAGUUGCCUGGGAUACGCAUGUCACUCAAACUACACCAGGACCACUUCACGUCUCCAGAUGAGUAUGACGAGCCGGUGGUUCUUUUCCAGGCCAUCUCGUCUCACCAGCAGAACCUGGUGAUCGCCCACGAGGGUGACCCGGCAUGGCGCAGCGCCGUACUCUCCAACUCGCCCUCACUGCUAGCCCUGCGCCACGUCCUGGACGAGGGAACCAACGAGUACAAGAUUAUCGUGCUCAACAGACGAUACCUCAGCUUUAGGGUCAUCAAGGUGAACAAGGAAUGUGUCCGUGGGUUGUGGGCGGGACAACAGCAGGAGCUGGUGUUCUUACGGAACAGGAACCCAGAACGAGGAAGCAUCCAGAACGCCAAACAGGCUUUACGUAACAUGAUCAACUCCUCGUGUGACCAGCCCAUUGGAUACCCCAUCUACGUGUCGCCCCUGACUACGUCCUAUUGCAACUCACACACACAGCUAGGUCACAUCCUGGGAGGACCAAUCAGCAUUGGCAAUAUAAGGAACUUAAUCGUCAGUACCUGGCACAGAUUGCGUAAGGGCUGUGGAGCUGGCUGUAACAGUGGUGGGAACAUUGAGGAUUCUGAUGCAGGGGGGUUGUCCUGCACCAGUGGUAAUGGGACAGGGCUGAGCGGUGACUCCCAGCAGAGCUCGGUGUCCCAGGGGGGGCUGUCAAGACCGGCCGCUCCCCUGGCCUACCAGCCACACAAUAUGAGUGAGCACCACCACCACGUACACCAGGGCUGGGGGACCAGUCAGAGCUCCCAGUCGGUCCAGUCUGGCCUUGUGCACCACUCUCCGGCCCGAGCCUCCGUAACCAGCCAGUCGUCAUCCUACCGCUAUAACAGCAGUCGCCACUCGUCUCUCCGUACCUCAGCCACUGGCCUGGAGCCCUGCCGGCGCUACUCUACCAGCCAACUGUCCCACCGUACCCUCCCCACCUCCCUACAGCUCCGCCUGGGCUCCGGGUCGUCCUCGGACCCCGCCGGCCCCUCUGCCUCACUCUCCUCCCACAGUAUCCCGCCCUGUAAGAGACACACCCUGGUAGGCCUGCUGGGUAACGACGGGCUGGGUAGUGGCGCCAUGGUGGACCCGCUGGACCAACACGUCCCGGCUCUGUCCGCCGUGCGACGAGACGACAUCUCCUACAGAGUGCAGAUCGUGGAUGUGAGCCAGGUGCUGGAGAUCAUUAACCUGUCGAAGCGGAAGGAACUGCAAUGGCCUGAUGAGACGGUGAGGCUGAGGGCAGGACGCAGCUGCUGGAGGGACUGGAGCCCCCUGGAGGGCAUGGAGGGACAUGUGAUUCACCGGUGGGUGCCUUGUAGCCGUGACCUCACCAGCCGUUCCCAUAUAGACAAGACCAUCCUGCUGGUUCAGGUGGAUGAUAAACUGGUUCCCAUCGUAGAGACUGGGGUCAUAGAGCUGGGGGCCGAGGUCUGACUGAACCACUGGCUCAGGUGGAUUAUAAAACUGUCAUAGACUUGGACUUGGUCGAAUGAGAAAUGCUUGUUUUGAACCCUAGUCCUCCUGGGAGUAACCCAGCAGGCCGAAGAGCAGACCAGCCUGCUGACAGUGAGGAAAGGAAGGGAUCCCCCCCAACUCUCUCUGUCCUCUCUCUUCCGUCCACUCUCCUCUCUGUCCUCUCUCUUCCAUCCACUCUCCUCUCUGUCGUCUCUGUCCUCUCUUCCAUCCACUCCUGUCUCUGUCCUCUCUUCCAUCCACUCUCCUCUCUGUCCUCUCUGUCGUCUCUGUCCUCUGUCGUCUCUCCUCCGUGACCCGGAAACCGAUGAGUGGUCGAGGAGUGUGUCAGUUCGGUAGUAGGCGAACGGAAGACGGUCCUCUCCUCCUUGUCUAAGCCUCCUUUUGACGAGGAAGCACAAGUGUAUCCUACAAACGGAAGAGCUUGGAUAUCUGCCACACACCCUUCUGAAUCAGCUGUUGUAGUGUCAGAGGAGAAAAGCAUGGACACGUUUUGUUUUUUUAAACAAUAUGCUAUUUAUCCUUUAUCUAGAAAACGUAUCGCAUAACUAACUUCAUUCGUAUUUAUCACGUAACACAUUUAUUUUGGAAUCCACCCCUGUAAACGUCAUUCGCCUGAUGGAACAGGAAACAGGAAAAGGGGACAGUUUCAUUUAAUUCAAGCGCAUUUUCGUCCACUUUCCCCUGUCCCUCGCCUCCUCGAUUUGACCUUUGACCUUUUUUCAAAAGGAGAGAGAGGCCGCAGGAAGAAAAGGCUCAGAUCUACAUUAAAAACUGCACCAUAUUUCCCAAUCUAUAUAUAUAUAUAUAUAUAUAUAUAUAUAUAUAUAUAUAUAUAUAUAUAUAUAUACUAUAUAUAUAUAUAGUGCACUACUUUUCACAAGGCACUACUUUUUGCAGUAUAGGGUGCUGUUUAGGAUGAACUAUAUGUUUGAGGGGAAAGGGAAUCCCAGGGUCGAGUGGCGGUGGAGGAGACAGAUGACAGUCCACACAUGAACACACAUCUACAGUAACUUGCAAAAGUAUUCAUACUCCCCCUUUUUGGGAUUUCUUCCCAUUUUUUUUAUUGUGUUGCAAAAAGUGGGAUUCAAAUGUAUUUUUAAUUAGUCAACUCAUGUGUAGUCUGUCAAAGUGGAAUGCAAACAUUUUUUAAAGAUUUAAAACUAAUUCGAUAGCUAAAAUAGUAUUCAGACCCUUUUUGUUUAAGGAUUAAAUUAGUUCAGGAGUAAAAUGGGACUUAACAUACGUAAUAAGUGACAUGGACUCUGUGUGAUAAAAUAGGCAUUAUUACAUUAUUACAUUAUUUCUGAAUGACUAACCAUUCCUCUCUCCCCCCCCAUACAAUAUUUGUAAUGUCCCUCUUCACAGAUUCAACUACAAUGACCAGGGAGCUUUUCAAAAGCCUCGUUUAAAAGAUAAAAAAAUAAAUGGCAGUGAUUGGUAGAUGGGUAACCAAUAUCAAACGUUGAAUUUUAAUCUCUUUAUUAAGCAUGGUCACGUUAAUAAUGAUGCCGUGGAUGAUUUAUUAAAACCACCCAGACACAUCAAAGAUACAGUCUUCCUUCUGAACCGAGGUACAGGACAAGGAUGUAACCGUGGUGAUUGGAUGUUCCCGUGGUGAUUGGAUGUUCCCGUGGUGAUUGGAUGUUCCCGUGGUGAUUGGAUGUUCCCGUGGUGAUUGGAUGUUCCCGUGGUGAUUGGAUGUUCCCGUGGUGAUUGGAUGUUCCCGUGGUGAUUGGAUUUAUUUAUUUUUUAAAUGGUCAAGUUCAAAUGGCUGUGAUGGGAUGAAAACAAGAGGUUGGAUCAACAUUGUAGUGGACUCCACAAUAAUGACUUAAAUAACAGUGACAAGAAUGCAAAAUAUACAGGAUAAAAACAUACUCCAAAACCUACAUCUGGUAUGCAGCAGAGUGAUGGUGAGAAGGAGAAAACACUGUACAGAAAUAUACUUUUUUUGGCCUAAAUGCAAAGCCUUCUGUUUGGGGAAAAUACAACACAAAGUACCUAACUGCCUCCUUAUAUUCAAGCAUGCUGGUGGCUGCAUCAUGUUAUGGGUAUGCUUGACAUCUGCAAAUACUGAGGAGGUUUUCAGGAUAAAAAUAAACUAGGUGGAGCAAAGCACGGUCAAAAUCCUUUCAGUCUGCUUUCCACCAGACACUGAGAGAUGAUUUCACCUAUUCAGAAGGACAUUAACCUAAAACACAAGGCCAAAUCUACACUGGACUUGCUUAUCAAGGAGGCUGGGUAUGUUCCUGAGUGGGCAACUUACAGUUUUGAUUUAAAUCUGCUUGAAAAUCUAUGGCAAGACUUGAAAAGGGCUUUCUAGCCAUGAUCCCCAACACCUUGACAGAGCUUGAAGAAUUUAGAAAAGAAUAAUGGGUAAUUAUUGUACAAUCAAGGUUUGCAAUGCUCUUAGAGACUUACCUGAGAAGACUCACAGAUGUAACUGCUGCCUAAAGGGGUUUAUAACAUGUAUUGACUCAGGGAGCUGAAUAAUUAUGCAGUCUUAAAUGUCUUAAAUGUAAAAAAUAAAUCAUCAAAAAAUCCACGUUGACAGAAAAGUACAAUUAAAUCCAUUUUAAUUCCACUUUGUGAAACAAUAAAAUGAGUAGUUUUGCAAGGCACUGUUUUUGCCUUGCUCUGUGUCACAACAUAUUACAUGACACCCUGUUAAGUGGCUACCAAUGGUAAUUCUUCUUUUUCUAUGCAUUUCCUUAUUACUUUGCCUGACUUGUGUACACAGACUGUGCACAAACACACACACAACGUGAUAUAUAUAUAUACCAACAUAUGUGCACAAAUUCAUGACGGUUUGAUUUAUGAUUAUGACAGAAUUGAGUGUGAGGAAGUUAUGUUUAUAAAAAAAAAAAAAAAAGUUAUGUUUUUCUUGUUGGUUUCAAAAUAAUUUUCCAAACAAGCCUGGUCCUGAAAGUGGCCGUGGUUUCACACGUGGCAGGACGUGUCGUUGCCAAGACUACAGAGAUGCAGAAACGAGUAGUAGACCACGAGGGAAGACAUGUAGGUGCUGUACCCCCAGACAUGAUUUACUUUGUCCUCAUUGUCAUUCUUAUUGGUUUUGUUUUGGAAGUUGCAGGAAAUAACUUGCACUAUGAUUUAUUUUAAUUUUAUUUACAGUGACGCACUACAGUGUGAGAUAUCACCUUAUUGAAUUUAUUACAGAAUCUUAGUGGCCAUGGUUACCGAUGCCUUGGGAAUUUAAAAUAAUGGUUCGUCAUUGUUUAUUAUUCAGCCAUUUUCGUUUAUAUAUAUAUCAAUGUACAAAAUAUUUUUGUUUUUAAUAUUUAUUACUGUGAACAUAGUAUUUACAUUUUCUUACUUUUUUUUUCAUUUAUGGGACAAAUGUUAUAUAAAUGUAUCACGGACCAUCGGUUGGAAAAACAAGAUGGUGAAUUUCUGAUGGACUGUUUCCCGAUUUAACUUAAUUCUUUUUCUAUAUGGAGAAAUAAAAAGCGUUUGAUUUACA